UCACUGAUUGUGUUUUAGGGUGUGCCGUAUGUGGAAGGGAAGGGGAUGAGCAGUCUGUACAAGCUCCAGAGUGGUGGAGCUAUUUUAGGACCCCCUGGUGCACCUGGUGCCCCGGGUCCAAAGGGAGACGAAGGAGCUAUUGGGGAACCGGGACCCAUGGGCUUACCUGGGCUCGAAGGGCUUCCAGGUGCCAAGGGUGAUAUCGGCCUCCCAGGUCCCCCUGGGGGAACUGGUCCUCCAGGGAAGCCCGGCAGUCGCGGAGAGCCAGGGAUCCCUGGAGAACCGGGUGAGAGGGGGCCUAUCGGAGAGACUGGAUUCCCUGGACCUGAAGGACCUCAAGGUGUUCCUGGGAGGCCUGGAAAAGAUGGAACUCCUGGAUACAAGGGAUCCACAGGUGUACCAGGUGACAGGGGAUCCAAAGGAGAACGUGGUGAUCCAGGCAUUCCAGGAGAAAGAGGUGUUCAAGGUGAGAGAGGUCGUGUAGGAGAUCCUGGCCCCAUUGGACCAAUGGGACCACCAGGAGGAAAAGGAGAUCCUGGCCCCCCCGGACAAUUAGGCAGUGUAAAACUGCUGGAUGAUCCCAGCUUUACAGAAGAACUCAAAAUCUUUAUCCAAAGUGAAGUAAUAAGGAUUUUUGAAGAGAAAGUUUCUGGCGCUGCUAUGCAACAGAAAACACCUGCUGGGAUCUUAGCUUCACCCUUCCAAGGUCCUCCAGGACCACCUGGCAAGGAUGGGUCACCUGGUCCACCAGGAGAGCCUGGGCCUCCGGGCCCUCAAGACCCAUAUAUCAAUGCAGACUGAGGGGCGGGGAGCAGAGGAAAAGGCCAGGAGUGUGGUGCACUGCAGCUCUCUGGGAAAUAUGAAGACAAACGAAGAAUUGGCUGUGAAUAAGAGAAAGUGUUAUCAGUGCGGACAGGAAAGAGCUCCAUUAUUGAUACCUCACUCAAGGAGAGAGAGUUUCUGAAAUACAAAAGGAGCGUAGUCAGGUUGGAAGGUGGACAUUCAUUAUAAGACUAAUCCUUACUCUCUGACUGCUCACACAACACUAAUGGUUUGCUGGUCAGGCUUUCCACUUUAACAUACUUAGAUUUAUAUUGUGCCCGCAGUAGAACUAUGGUAUAGCUUUUAAAGAGGACUUUUUCAUGUAUUGGUGCACACCAAGGCUUUGUUGCACUGGCCUUUGUCUUUAAACUUUUGUAUCUACCUCACAUUGCUCAAGACCAUUUACACAUUAACUCAAAGCUAUAACUUACAAUGCUAGUUUCAUUCAUGAAUAAUGUAUUGAAUGUGCUGAAACCAGAUAUUUACAUUCACUUAUAAAAAAAAAAGGACAUAUUGUUUUUCAUUCUGAUUUGCCAAAAAAUAUCAGAAAAAUCUGAGUUUGCCCAGAAUCUUUAAGAAUGUUCUUAAUAUUCAUAAGUUUACCUACUUAGUAUUUGGUUAAACUGGUUUUUGAGCUAUAUAAACUGGGUCAUAAUGUUUGAUUAUACUUGCAUGGGCUUUUUAUAAGAGUGCUGGAAUUUUGCUCCAGUCACUCUGACAAAUCUUGUGCAACUUUUCCAACUUUGUAGGUUCUCCUGCUUGCACACACUUUUCCAGGAUUUUUGAUGGCCACUCCAAAAUACCGGUAUUAAUUUUUUCCUGCUUAUGCACUUUUUUUAAUUUGGUUGUUUAAUUAGUGUCAUUAUUUAUUCAUAAAACGUAUUUCUGCUCAAGCUUUAACUUCCUGCCUACUGUCUUGUUCUUUUGCCUCAAUAAUCCCAGAUAAUUUUCUUUCCUCAAAUACAAUCUACAAUCAUACUGAAAAAAUGAGAACAUUAUUGUAAAGUUAAUUUACUUUAGUAACUCCAAUCUUUAAGUGAAACUCAUUAUACAGAUAAAUUACACACACGCAUGUUUUCAAGCCCUUAUUUCUGUUAAUUAUGAUGAUUUCCACUUAGAGCUAAUGAAAACAUUACCUUUGAGAUUAGAAUAUUACAUCAGAUUGUUUAAAAAUUAUUUUUUGGGGAGUUAUGUUUAAUUCAUGCGCAAAGACUAUUAUCAGACGGUACUUUAAAUCUGAUGAAUGAGGUUCAUUAAAAUGCAUAGUCUGACUUGUUGAGUAUGUUUAUAUAGAAAACAUGAUGCCACUGCCAUCUUUCCCAGUUACAAUAGUUUUCUAAGGCUUACGCAGAUAAUCAGAGUGGCCAAAUACUUCAAAUAUAGUUUUAUAAAAACACAACGUCUCCAAAAAUAGGAUAUUUCUCUUUGUAUGCAAUUGCAAGCUAUAGCCUGGAUUUUUAUGUUGCUUUGAAAAUAAUGGCUUCAUCUCCACUAAGUGGCCUUUCAGCCCAUGCCAGAACAGGAUUUGUCUCUCUUUUGAUAAUGACAUCCUCUUCUAGUACCUUUCUAUCUUUACGAGCCUGUUUGUUUUUGCUGAUAUGCACAUUUCAAACCAACGCUAUAGUCCCUUAGACACAAAUAUCAUCUCCUUUCUGAACAUCACAAUAGCUUGGCAUUCCCAUGAUGUUUAUACUUGCAUAAGUUAGUUUAAACAAAUGUGGCACCUUUUUGUAUUUGUGUAUUUCUGCUGAUUUAUUUAGAUUCCCAGAUGAUGCUGGUAAAAAAAAAAAAAAAACAGCAUGUUUGAGGCGUUUUCAUAUAUAUCAACUCU